GUAUGCAUUUUCUGGAAGUGAAAGGGUGGGGAGCGUUAACUUUACUUCUGUGUCAGAAAACUGCCUUCAAACCUACAGUGAUGGCAGAGGCACACCAGGCAGUAGCGUUUCAGUUCACCAUCACUGCAGAGGGGAUCAACCUGCACCUCUCCUACCAGGCCCUCAAUCAAAUCUACCUCUCCGGAUGGCGGUCCUGGAAGAAACGCAUCAGCAGGAUUAGGAACAGAAUCAUAAAAGGUGUAUACCCAGCUAGCCCCUCCUCCUGGCUUUUUGUUGUCAUAGCAAUUCUGGCUACUAUGUACAUGCAGUCCGAUCCAUCAAUGGGCCUCAUUACCAAGAUACAGGAGCACCUGCCCCUCAGUCUGUCUCUGAGUGCUCAGGGGCAAACAAUGCUGUCAGCAUUGGUGUUCAGUACUCUGCUGUGGUUGUCCCUCAUUCUGGCUCUGAGGUUCUGUCUAAAACUUCUCCUAUCAUACCAUCGAUGGAUGUUCGAGCAACAUGGUUGUAUCUCUACCAAGACCAAAGUCUGGGCGACUCUAGUUCAGUUGCUGUCUAGUAGGAAACCAUUACUCUACAGUUAUCAGACUUCUUUACCACACCUGCCUGUACCUUCCAUUAAAGACACACUGGAAAGACAUCUUGAGUCAGUGAAGCCUCUGCUAAGUGCGGCUGAUUUUGAGCGAAUGACAAGACUGGCUGCUGAGUUUGAGAAAAGUCUGGGUAACCGCCUUCAGAGAUACCUCAAACUCAAAGCCCUGUGGGCCACCAACUAUGUUAGUGACUGGUGGGAGGAAUAUGUUUACCUUCGUGGGCGUAGUCCCAUCAUGGUCAACAGUAACUAUUAUGGCAUGGACUUCCUGUAUGUGACACCCACGAUUAAUCAGGCAGCUCGAGCUGGAAAUACCAUCACAGCCCUGUUUCUAUAUCGCCGCAAGGUCAACCGGGAGGAGCUCAAACCUAGUCGUAUUCCUGGCACUGUCAUACCACUGUGUGCAGCUCAGUGUGAACGCAUGUUCAACACCACACGCAUCCCUGGGGAGGAAACGGAUGUGCUGCAGCACUGGCAGGACAGUGAGUUUGUCGCUGUGUACCACAGGGGCCGGUACUUCAGGUUAUGGGUUUACCGAGCGGGACGCUUGCUGUCACCCAGAGAGAUCCAGUUUCAGAUUCAAAGGAUCCUGGAUGACCCCUCACCUCCUUUCCCAGGAGAGGACAAACUAGGAGCACUAACUGCAGGAAACAGGGUGCCCUGGGCUCGGGUCCGGAAACAGUAUUUCAGCUCUGGUGUGAAUAAGCGAUCAUUGGACUGCAUUGAGAAAUCUGCUUUUUUUGUCACACUUGAUGAUGAGGAAGAAGGCAUGAUUGGGGAAGAACCUUCUGUGAACUUGGACCGCUAUGCAAAAUCUCUUCUACAUGGCAAAUGCUACGACAGGUGGUUUGAUAAGUCCUUUUCUGUCAUGGUUUAUAAGAAUGGAAAAAAUGGACUGAAUGCAGAACACUCUUGGGCUGAUGCUCCCAUAGUGGCCCACCUGUGGGAAUUCACUCUCGCCACAGACACAUUUCAGCUGGGUUACACCACAGAAGGAAACUGCAGGGGAGAGAUUGAGUGCUCCUUACCACCUCCUCAUCGUUUAAGCUGGGACAUACCAUUGGAGGUUCAGGCCCAGGUGUCUGAAUCUCUUGCUGUUGCACAAGCACUAGCUGAUGAUGUGGACUGCCAUGUAUUUCCCUUCAGAGAGUUUGGGAAAGGCUGCAUCAAGAAAAUGAAAAUCAGCCCAGAUUCCUUUGUGCAGCUGGCCCUGCAGCUGGCCUAUUACAGGGAUAGAGGGACAUUCUGCCUGACUUAUGAGGCCUCAAUGACACGUCUGUUUCGUGAGGGUCGCACAGAGACUGUACGCUCAUGCUCCAUUGAAAGCUGUGCCUUUGUCCGUGCAUUGGAAGCAGGAGAGGACCGAGAGCAUUGCAGCAAGCUGUUCAGAAAGGCUGCUGAGAAGCAUCAGAAUCUCUACCGUCUAGCCAUGACUGGAUCUGGCAUUGACAGGCACCUCUUCUGCCUGUAUGUGGUCUCAAAAUACCUGGGGACAGAGUCCCAUUUCCUUAAAGAGGUCUUGUCGGAGCCCUGGCGCCUCUCCACCUCUCAGACGCCUGUGCAACAGAUGGAGCUGUUUGAUCUGGUCAACCAUCCUGAGUUCAUCUCGCUGGGAGGAGGCUUUGGUCCGGUUGCUGAUGAUGGCUAUGGUGUAUCUUACAUCAUCAUGGGAGAGGAAAUGAUCAACUUCCAUGUGUCUUCCAAACACUCCUGCAAAGAGACUGACUCUCAUAAAUUUGGCUCUCAAAUCAGUCAAGCCAUGAUGGAUCUAAUGAGUCUACUGAGCCCAGACUUCAAGGGACCCACACAAGGCAACCCCAAAAAGCAGUCAUAAAUCAUGGCAGGGAGUCUGGAUGUGCGUUCCUGUUGUACUGAAGAUGGAUUGAUAUUUGUCUUUUUUUUUUUUUUUUAGGUGUAUGUGUAAUGUUUUGAAUGUGGGGUAAAGUGGAGCUAUAGCAGGGAAGUUAAUUGUGUUUCCCUAUUCAAUCGAUUUCAUAAAGUUUUUCUUUUUCGCAAAAAAACUUCAUAAAAACGUAAUUUUGUUUGUCAAAUAUGAUUAAAUAUUAACAGGAAGUGCAAAGACAGGUGACUUGUAUUUAAUGCAUAAUUUAUAAGUUAUGAGAUAUGGGAAGAAGUACUUGUGACGGAUCCAGUUGGAAACAUAUAUGUAAAAGAGUGUGUUUAACACAGAAUCGACAGUUCAAGCUGAAUGAUGUGACAAAACUACAUUUCUACCAUUAAAGUCAAUGGAGCUAUACAUUGCGAGCAGCGUGAUGUCUAACUCUUGCAUCUGUAUUUUGUUGAUUAAUGGUGGGAGCGAUUAUGAUAUGUUGCAACACUUGCUUGUGUAGAUUAGUUAGACCUAUAACAUGUGCGUUGACCGUUACAGUGGUGGUGAAUUUCUUAAUAUUUUGCAUUAUGGUAAAUUAAUUUGUAAAGAUUAUUAAAAUAGCAGGGAUGUGUGUUUGAAGAAAUAGGUACAGUUUAAUCCAGUAGCUAUAGUGGAAUUUAGCAAAACUGCUUAAACCACUUACAACACCUUUUAAAGGGAUAGUUCACACAAAACAAAAUACAAUUCUGACAUCAUUUACUCACUCAUGUUGUUCCAUGGAAUACAAAAGGAGAUGUUAAGCAGAAUGUUAGGGAAUGACAGUCUCGGUCACUGUUCUCCUUCGCUGUAUCUUUUUGCCAUGUGAUGAAAGUGAAUCGUAAACGAGGCUAAGAUUUUGCGUAGAAUCUCCUUUUGUGGAAAAGGAGGAAAAAGAAAGUCACACAGAUUUGGAACAACAGGAGUCUGAGUGUAUGUGCCAUGAUUUGGCGUAACAUUAGUUGGGUUUCCAUCCAUGUAUUAAAAAAAAAAAAAAUGCUGGAUGGAAACACUAAAAUGAUAAUAAAAUACCCAAAAUGGGCAUAAAAUGUA